AUCCCCGAGUCGAGAUACAUAUCCACUUUCAUGCGUAAGUAUGGUGACCAGAUUGAUAUUUAUUCACAACCUUCUCUCUCGCACGUGGUAGAUGAGCAAAACGUGUGCCGGUUUCUACGAUACAUAAACCGAUCAGACGAGAAUUUUGCGGUUCCCUCCCGUUAGCCGUUCUACCGUCGACGCUCAUUCAACUCACUCUCAGAAGCCUGUGUACCGAUCGAAUUCCAUCUCCGAUUUGAUUAGAAAAACAAAACGGCACCUCAGCCAUGACGGCGGAGACGCUGCCGUACCAGAAUGGCGCUGUGUCCAACGGCGGUGGCAGUGGUGUUGCCUCCUCAAAUACUAACGUGGUCGCCAAUGGAGAUCCGAGUGCCGCAAACCCUAGCUCCGGCAAGAAGGCGAGAGAGAGCGAGCGUCGCCGGCGGAGGCGCAAGCAGAAGAAGAACAAAGCUGUUUCCCAUGCUCCUGAUGCUUUAGCAGCAGCCAAUGGCGACGAUAGCGAUGCCGACGAGGCGAAGGAGAACGAUAAUCCUCAGAAGGGUUUUGAGCAAGUUGUAGUGGAAUAUGUUCCCGAGAAGGCUGAGUUGGAAGAUGGUGUUGAUGAUGAAUUCAGAAAGAUCUUUGAGAAAUUUAGUUUUCUCCAGGGCACGGCUGCUGAGGAUACUGAUAAGAAAGAUGAAGCGGCACAAAUUGUCGAGCCUAAGAAGAAGGCUGACUCAGAUUCUGAUUCUGAAGAGGGGGAGCAAGAUAACCAGCAGAAGGAUAAGGGUGGCUUGUCAAACAAGAGGAAAAAGCUUUUGCGAAGAAUGAAAAUUGCAGAACUGAAACAGAUUUGCUCAAGACCUGAUGUGGUUGAGGUGUGGGAUGCUACUGCAUCAGAUCCAAAGUUGCUUGUAUUCUUGAAGGCAUACAGAAAUACUGUUCCGGUACCAAGGCACUGGUGUCAGAAACGGAAGUAUCUUCAGGGGAGCGGCAACACUGCUGGAGCCUGGACUUAUGCCUCUUCUAUGCUUAGUGCUGGGUCCCACAUUCUUCUGAACCUUUUUCCUGAUCAUUUGGUUUUGAACCAAAUUACUACCUUGCUGGUACCUUAUCCGGUUCGAUAUUCGUUUUUGCAGGGUAAGCGUGGGAUUGAGAAGCAGCCAUUCCAGCUCCCUGAUUUCAUUGCUGCAACAGGAAUUGAAAAAAUUCGUCAGGCAUAUAUUGAGAAAGAGGAUGGUAAGAAGUUGAAGCAGAAGCAACGAGAGCGAAUGCAGCCUAAGAUGGGGAAGAUGGACAUUGAUUAUCAGGUUCUCCAUGAUGCCUUUUUCAAGUUCCAAACAAAACCAAGAUUAACUAGUCACGGUGACUUGUACCACGAAGGGAAGGAAUUCGAGGUGAAACUGAGGGAGAUGAAGCCAGGGUCUCUUUCGCAAGAACUAAAAGAAGCUCUUGGUAUGCCUGAAGGUGCCCCUCCACCAUGGCUUAUCAAUAUGCAGAGAUAUGGUCCUCCGCCAUCAUACCCGCAUUUGAAGAUCCCUGGACUGAAUGCACCAAUCCCUCCAGGAGCUAGCUUUGGCUAUCAUCCCGGUGGCUGGGGCAAGCCUCCAGUUGAUGAGUAUGGGCGGCCUUUGUAUGGAGAUGUUUUUGGGGUUCAGCAACAAGAACAGCCUAACUACGAGGAAGAGCCGGUUGAUAAGAGUAAGCAUUGGGGUGAUUUGGAGGAAGAGGAAGAAGAGGAGGAGGAGGAGGAAGAAGAAGAAGAAGAGAUGGAAGAAGAGGAACUUGAGGAUGGCAUUGAGUCUGUUGACAGUCUUUCAAGUACACCAACUGGUGUUGAAACACCUGAUGUUAUUGACCUCCGUAAACAGCAGAGAAAGGAACCUGAUAGGCCGCUCUACCAAGUUCUCGAACAAAAGGAAGAGAGUAUUGCUGCUGGAACGUUACUUGGCACAACUCAUACGUAUGCAAUUCCUAGCGGUACUACCCAGGAUAAGAACGCUGCUAAAAGGGUGGAUCUGAUUAGGGGAAACAAGGCUACUGAUAGAGUGGAGGUUAGUUUGCAGCCUGAAGAGUUGGAAGUCAUGGACAAUGUUCUAUCUGCCAAGUACGAGGAAGCCAGGGAAGAGGAGAAAUUGCGGAGUCAAAAAGAGGACUUCAGUGACAUGGUUGCAGAGAAUGAAAAGAAAAGGAAGCGCAAAAUGCAGGACAAGGAAGGAAAAUCGAAAAAGAAAGACUUCAAGUUCUGAGGAGGGAGACAUGCGAAUUGAACCACUGUUAAUGUUCUACUACCCGACACGAAUAACAAAUUUGAGCUUUUUGAAUCCUUGUGCACUGUGUAUUGUUUUAUCGACACGAUGAGAUAGUUCUUGCUAAUUAGGGCACGGAGCGGCUGGCUGGAAGAGCGAAUGUUUAAUGCAAAGUCUUCAGGUAGAGAUGAAAAAGUGUGCUUAUUCACAGUGUAACAAGAGCAUUGAUUUCUAGGGCUAGAUAAAGAUCUGUAACCUACAUCUUCCCCUGUUUUGUGCAACUUUGUUGUAUGAACAAGGAGAUUGCACUGAUAUUUUAUUAAACGUCUUCUUUUGGGAAGCCCUUUGUUCCAUCGAGGUGGAAACUUGAUCCCUUGGAUCAACGAGAAGUUAUGGCUAUGAAAUUGUAUAUAAAUGGUGUUUGAGCCAAGUUCCUUUCCUCCCAAGCCUGGUUGUCCUUCUUCCUCUUCCCUUUGCGGCGUGGCGCCUUCUUUCCUUCUUCUUUGGGCACG